UAAAUAAUCGAAUUUCUAAUUCAUUAGGAAAGUUAAUCAGAAGAAGAGUUAUCAUCUUAUUUGAUCAAUCGUAAUAUCGUAGCUACCACAAGAAAACAUGACUCUAGAGGAGCAGAAGAAAGUCAUAGAGCCCGAGACGGUGGCAUCGGACCCAUCACCACCAUCCAAGGAGGAGAAGUCGGACGAUUCGAAAGCUAUUGUUCUCGUCGUCGCUGCAAAAGAACUUGCGGAAGAGAAGAAAGAAGGUUCAGUUCACCGAGAUGCUGUUUUGGUUAGACUCGAGCAAGAUAAGAGGAUAUCUCUCAUCAAAGCUUGGGAAGAGGCUGAGAAAUCCAAAGUGGAGAACAAAGCUCAGAAAAAGCUUUCUUCAGUUGGAGCUUGGGAAAACAGCAAGAAAGCUUGUGUUGAAGCUGAGCUUAAAAUGAUCGAGGAGCAACUAAUUAAGAAGAAAGCACAGUACACAGAGCAAAUGAAGAACAAAAUAGCACAAAUCCACAAGAAAGCUGAAGAGAAGAGAGCGAUGACCGAAGCUAAACGCGGAGAAGAUGUCCUCAAAGCUGAAGAAAUGGCUGCAAAGUACCGUGCCACAGGAACUGCUCCAACGAAGCCAUUUGGAUUCUUCUGAUCUAUAAGGAGAAUGGUCUUUGAUGUUGCUUUAUGGUUUCAUUUGUUAUUAACUUGAGAAAGGAAGGAUUAUUUGUGGUUUAGUAGGUGGUUGCCUUUGUGUGGGUUAAAUUUGGCUACAUAGAAAGUUACAUGGCCAUAAUGUAACGUCUUCUUAUGUUUGGGGUAAUGUGUUUACUGUUUUACUCAUUGGCAAUUUGUACAGCUUUUCCUUGAGAGACUUCUUUUGAACUUUCUAAACUUCCAACUAUUUCGUUUCUAGUUUUCUUUUUCAUUGUCAAGGCCCAAAUAGAGUAAUCAUAAAAGAGUCAAUAAGGU